AUGGCUCCAGUUUGCCAUGGCCGGUUCGUCCUCCACAACCUCAUCUCCUCCUCUCCGAUUCUGACGACAAGACUAGACCGAGGGAGAUGGCAGUCGACGGAGGUUGGCAAGUGGGAUAAGGUGGUGGUCUUUUCCGACAGUGUGCAUCAGGACUUGUUCCGCUGUCGCAUAACGCGGUUGCCGGAGAAGCCGAAAUCCGUCAGAGAGAGUACGGUCGGCGGCGACGUGGGCGGAGGUAAGGUGGAGGUCGGACGAAGAUGUGAGGCAGAGCCGAUGGAGGUCGGGCGGCCAGCGCAUUUCUGAGUGUUCAGGGGAGGAGAGGAGGAUGGGGAUGCUAUAACUGAGCAUAAUCACGAGGAUGGUGAAGAUGAGGUGCCACGGUUGGUGUCCAUUGAUGCACUUAAUGGGGAAGUCGAUGGAGGCAGGAAUGAUGAGAAUAGAGAUUUUGUGACCAAGGACGCGAAUAUCGCUAAGGGCUCGCUGCCUCAAGGUAUGCCUUUAGCCCUAGUCCUAAGCAACCCGGAACCACCACGAACAGCGGAGUAA